GUAUAAUGUUUACAUAUUUCAAAUUGUAUUUUGUGUAUGCACAGUACAUGGCACACAGUAAUGGAUACUGGAACAUUCAAAUAAUACUUUAUUUUGUUCUAUUCUACAGUCCAUGUUUCAGGAAUAAAACAAGUAAUUCAAAAUAAACUAUUGAAAGAAAAUAUGUAUUGAACUCAACUGACAAACAUGUCAAGACCCGAUAUCAAUUAUACAGUGAGAUGAAAUAAACAUUUAGUGUCACUUCUUUCAAGCUUCCUGGCUGGUUUGUUUAAAAGUAGUAGCUUUUUACACAGUGUUAAAGCUAACAUAUAUCUUAAUAUAUAAAGCUACUUGAAACUGCCUAAAGUGUUUCUGCGACGAUCUAUGAACAGCUGAGAAAUCAUUUCCCUAUUUAUAUUGUCAAUUUUGUCACUGUGAAUGUGACACACAGCAACACUGUUUAGACGGGACUGUGUCAUUGUGCUUCGGAGCCAGGUUUGUAAUCUUCGAAGACUGCUGAACCUUCUUUCAGCCUCUGCUGAAGAAACAGGAAAAACAAGGAGCAACCUCACAAGUGUUUCCACUUGGUCAAAGAGUUGGCGGACUUCUGGUAACAUAUUCUGAAGAAUGCUUGCAGCCUCAGUAGUUGACUGAUAAUUAUACUUGGACUUAAACAUUCUCGUCUCUCCGUGUACAUACUGUGACACAUACUUGAUAUUAUGUAGAAUUGGCAGAGUUAAACAUGCUGUAAAAUCUCAGUGAUACAUUAUCUUUAUUCUUAUUUGAAGGCUUUUGAUAACACACUUGUUAAAACAAAAGACGUUAUAAAAGAGUUAAGAAAAUACAUAGAAAAAAGUGAACAUUUGUCCAAGCAGCUAUUUUUCAUUAUAAUCCUUUAAAUCUUUUAACACUUGCUAAUUAUUCAAAAAGAGCAACGGGCAGAGUUACUAAACAUUGUGCAACACAAUUCGGAUACCAUAUGCCAACUUACACUGCUUGAGUUUUUUGCCGCUUUGAGUUCACCGCAACCGAAUUUUGGAUCGCGUGCGGGACUGCGGAUGCAACUCAAGCUACAUAGGGUGCAUGAUGAUGACGUGACAAGUGAGUGACUGAUUGCCACGGAUACGUGAACAUCAUGUAUAGACUAUCUUGUCUCUUUGAAUUUUAAAUCACUCUGCAUUUAUAUACACUGCUCCAUUAAAACCUCAACAUGUCUUGAACACACACACCCCACUAAAAAAGUGAGGCUGACGAAUGAACUUUUUAUAAAAAGUGCGUGGGACAUAUCCCCCGCAUCCCCCGUGUAAUCUAUGCCCCUGGCAUGACUUAAUAUUGACCCUUCAUUUCCCUUCACGUACUAUUACAAUUCAGGCGAUUAUAUUGUUGUUUCCAUAUGACUUCAUCUGAAGUUUGGAAAUGAAAACUUUCGGUUUCUAUUCCUCAACAGAUUAAAUGCAUGGGCGGAGAAUAACACCGCUCAUAUCCGUGCCACUAUAUAGUCCUCUCCAGGGUGAAAGACCGAUUGCACAUCACCCAGACUGAUCACCAUGAGUUCAACUCAAGGCACAGAUUUAAAAGCCAGACUUCUUCAGCAAGAAUGCCAUUUCACCUGGGCUCUGAAUAAAAAUGAUCUAGAUCUCAAUGAUCUUCUGAACAGGCUAGAAGAACAGCUUAGCCUGGAUCUUGGAAAGGAGGCAGGAGCUGCACGUACACACAGCUGUAUGGGAUUUGUGAAGUUUCUACAAGGCUCCAAUACUGAGGCUCUCAGCAACUUUGAGAAAUCUGUAGAACUCAUUAAGGCUCAUGGAAAUUACUCUGAUAAGCUGCUUGUUGUUGCCUAUGGAGACCUUGCAUGGUUAUACUAUCAUAUGGGUAAUUUUGCAGAGUGUGAAAUGUACCUGAAUAAGCUGAGGGAGAUUAACGAGAAAUAUCCAUCUGUCCCAUAUGCUGAGGUGCUUGGAGAGAAAGGAUGGACAUUCCUUAAGUUUUCACGCAAAUAUUAUGAAAGGGCAAAAGAGUGCUUCAAAAAGGCCCUGGAGCUGGACCCUGAGGAGGCUGAAUGGAACUCCGGCCUUGCCAUUGCUCUGUAUCGGACAGAGACUGUGGACCAAGGAUGUGCACCAGAAACUUCAGAUGCUGUUAAUCAACUUAGGCGAGCUAUAACCACUAACCCAGAUGAUGAUGUUCUUAAAGUUCUGCUUGCUCUGAGAUUGGCUGUUUUCAAGAAGUACAGUGAGGCAGAGAGCCUAGUGGAGCAAGCCUUAGAGAGGUCUCCAGAACACCCACAUGUGAUUCGAUAUUUUGGAAAGUAUUUACGGAAUGCAGGAUCUGUGGACAAGUCCAUUGCCCUUCUAAAUAAAGCAUUAGAGAAAGUGUCAAACACAGCUUUUAUACACCAUCAGCUGGGGCUCUGCUAUAAACAAAAGAUUUUCAUGCUGGAGCACCACACAGAAGGUGCUGAAAUUAAACAAGCUAAAGAGCAAUGCAUCUACCAUUUGGAGAUGGCAAUCGAACUGAAAACCGGCUUCAUUCUAGCCAUGGCUGAAUUGGCCUUGCAAUAUGGGUUUAAUCGGGAUAUAUCAAGAGCAGAAGAAAUGUUCCAGAAGGCAUAUCAGGCAGCCAAAGAGAAAAAAGACAACUACCAGACUGUUCAUGUGUUUUAUGCAGAAUUUCAGCAGUACGUUAUGAAAUGUGAGCCUGCUGCCAUCAAACAUUACAUUGAAUGUCUAAAGAUAAAUCCAAAUCAAUAUGAAGGGAAAAAAAGUGCUAAAAGUCUAAGAAAGAUUGUAGAGAGAAGAAUUGGCAACAACCCAAAUGAUGGAGAGGCCUUUGGAAUACUUGGAAUCAUUCAUAAGGAACGAGGAGAAAAACAACAAGCCAUAGAGUGCUUUGAGAAAGCGCUGACCUAUGUAGAUAAUGAGGAGUACCUCAGUGAUCUUUGUGAGCUUAGGCUUUCUCUACAGUAAUAUUAGCAAUAUGAAUUAUAAUACACAGCCAAAUAUCUAUAUACUCAUUUAUUAUUCAUGAUAUUUAAUGUUAACAGUGUAGCAUCUGUUAUUUUAUUUUAAAUGUGUGGAUGUAGCAAACACAGCCAUUUGUUAAGACGUACAUGGACACACUCUCAGUGCACUCUCACGCCUUAAUACAAGUCAGUUUUACAACACUAAAUUUGUUAAGAGUGGAAAUACACACUGAUAUGAUUACUGAGGAGAUUAAAGGAGCAGGAAGCUUUGUCUGUGCUAAGGCAGUAAGCAGGAUAAAAACGAUUAAAUAGGAAGAUUUUGGAGACACAUUAAAAAUUAAUACAAAUAAGUAAAGCAGCAGAAUCCAGCUAAAUAAAAACGUUUUUGAUGUUUGUCUUGAUAAGUGAAUGUAAUUUACUAAAUCCUCACACUACUGAUCUCAAAAUCUCAAGUCUUUUUUAACUGUGACUAUAUUUUGCACAUUUAUGAAGGCUGCAUAUUAGGCUUGUUUUUCUGUAACCAAAUAAAAAUAAAAUUUGUUCAAAUCA